AUGAAGGCCACUGAACCGUGGCUGCCCUACCCGGCUGGCUCGGCCGCGUCCGUGGUCACCAAGAAGGCUGGGUCCGACGGGGGCUAUGGCGUCCGUGACGACGGCGCCGACUCGACCCGCCAGGGCGAGCUGCAGAGGCAGCUGUCCGGGAGGCAUCUGAACUUCAUCGCCAUCGGCGGCACCAUUGGAACGGGCUUCUUCCUGAGCACGGGCACGGCGCUGACCAAGGCGGGUCCCGCCGGAUGCCUCAUCUCGUAUGUCUUUGUCGGCACCAUGCUGUGGUCCGUCAUGGUCUGCCUGGGGGAGAUGGCGACGUAUAUGCCGACUGCCGGCGCCUUCUCGGCGUAUGCGACACGCUUCGUUGAUCCGAGUUUGGGGUUCGCCGUUGGGUGGCUUUAUUGGUUUGCAUGGGCUAUCACAUACGCCCUCUCCCUCACUGCAUCGGGGCUCAUAAUACAGUACUGGAACCCCGACGUGAAUAUCGGUAUACUGAUCGCCGUCUUUUGGGUCGCCUUCACCCUCAUCAACUACCUGCCCGUCGGCAUAUACGGGGAGCUUGAGAUGUGGCUAUCGAGUCUCAAGGUCAUCACCAUUGUUGGCUUCAUCAUCUUUGCCAUUUGCAUGGCCGCCGGCGCUGGCCAGGAGGGCGUACUGGGCUUCAAGUACUGGCACGAUCCCGGCCCCUUCGCCGAAUACCUGGUUGAGGGUGCGACGGGAAAAUUCGUGGGCUUCUGGGCGGUGAUAAUCCAGGCUGCGUUCGCUUACCAGGGUGCAGAGCUGGUUGGUGUCGGUGCCGGUGAGGCUCGUGACCCGGGCAAGACGGUCCCGAGGGCCAUUAGGGUUACUUUCUGGGGUAUCAUGGCCCUGUUUGUGGUCAGCAUAUGGCUCAUGGGCAUGGUCGUGCCGUCGAGCGACCCCAACUUGCUCAGUGGUUCCUCCAACGCAUCGGGCUCGCCGCUGGUCAUUGCCGCACAACGCGCCGGCGUCAAGGUCCUGCCGGAUAUCAUCAAUGCCGUGCUGCUCACCGCCGUGCUGUCUGCGGCCAAUUCGAAUGUUUACUCCGGCAGCCGCGUGCUAGUUGCACUCGCCGAGGACGGCCAGGCGCCGGGGAUUUUCAAGAAGACGAACGCGCGAGGCAUUCCGAUCUACGCCGUCGGCGUUACGGCAGCAUUCGGCUUGCUCGGGUUCCUCAACCUAUCCGCCGAAGGAAGUAAGGUGUUCAACUGGCUGCUCAACAUAACCGCUGUGGCAGGCCUGACCACUUGGGGAAGCACUUGCCUCUCGCAUCUCUAUUUCAUGCGCGCGCUGAAGGCCCAGGGCAUUGACCGGUCCAGCCUGCCCUACAUCUCGCGGUUCCAGCCUUACACGGCCAUAUACGGCCUGUUUUUCAACAUCCUCGUCGCUCUGACACAAGGGUUCACCGUAUUCAUGGACUGGAACACGAGCGAUUUUUUUGCUGCAUACAUCAGUCUCAUUCUGUUUGCCGUAUGCUGGGCAGGCCAUAAACUCUGGUACAGACAACCUGGCGUCCGCCCAGAAGAAGCGGAUCUCGUUCGAGGGCGCUAUGACUCGCACGAGGAGCUGGCUGUUGCCGCUGGCCCAGUAUGA